AUGACUGGGAAUAACAAGAAAUCACGGCCAAAUUGGUCUGAGCUGAAUCAAGAACUUCUUGGAAUUAUAGCUUCAAAGCUGUUAUACCUAGAUAUCAUACGUUUCAAAGCGGUUUGUUCUUCAUGGUUUGCUGCUGCUGAGAGAUACUCAUCACCAGGGCCACUUCUACUUUGUCCUUUAACUCGAGAAACUGACGCUGAACAUGUAAGACUUGGUGCAUGCAGCAUAAAAGACGGAACAAUCUACGAUCUCAACUUGGAAUUCGAAAAACCUGAAGAUGUUUUUUCAGCAUCCGAUGGUUUUCGAUUUAUAGGUUCCUCGCAUGGCUGGAUGGUGGCUGAAGACAAGGGUUCGGAGCUUUAUUUGAUGAAUGUUUUCUCCAGAACCUGCAUCCCACUCCCUGAAAAAGGCACCAUUCCAACAACACAAAGUUAUGGGCCUAAGUUUUCUAUGAUUCAAUCUCCCACAAUGAUUCAGAAAGCAAUAUUAACGGCUAAUCCAUCAUUAGAUGAGAACUACAAGGUCAUCAUCAUAUACGGUUGUCGCGAGAAACUUGCUUUUUGUGGCUUUGGAGAUCGAGAAUGGGUGAGAUUUAGCAAUUCUGAUGGCUAUGAUGAUGUUGUAUGCUAUGAUACGCUGCUAUAUGCAUUGAGGGAGGGGCAAAUUGAGGUAUGGGAAAUUUCUGAUUCUCGUUCUCCGACCAAAAAGAUAUGCCUGGAAUGUUGUUACACAACAGACUCGAGUUAUCCAAGAGAGAUUUGUUGUACUCAAUGGUACUUGGCGCCGUCACUGGGGGAACUUCUGCUCAUUGAGAGGUUUAUCGGGGAGUUCGUGGAUGAUCAAGGGCAGCUUCAUCCUGAGGGAGAUCUUCUGACAGAUGAAGAUAGCCAUCCUCUGCUUUUUCCUUAUAAAACGUUCAGCUUCCAGGUUUACAAGUUAAAUAUGAUCGAAAAGAAAUUGGAAAAAGUGACAUCCUUGAAGGAUCAGGUGAUCUUUUUGGGUGGAAAUCAUGGGAUUUCACUCUCUGUGAAGGAUUAUCCAGAAUUCAUGCCGAACUCGAUUUAUUACACCGAUGAUUAUUGGGAUCGGAUGCAUGAAGAUUACUUGUAUGGAGGUCAUGAUUUUGGCUCAUACAGCUUAGAAGAAAACAGCAUUGCUUCACUUGUGCCUUAUUGUGUGGAGAGAUUUGAUCCAACACCCUUUUGGGUUUUGCCAAAUUAG